AUGCCCCCUGAUGUACUUCAUUUUCGUCCUCUCCUAUCACCUCUAGUUCAAUUUUCUCCUUCACUCACAUCUCGAGCACAAGAAAAUCAUAUUUUCUGUGUUCACAAAUACUGGCAAGGAAGGAAAGGGAUGACUCUCACCAAAAAGAAACUCAUCCCCAUCCUUGUUUUGAUCCUUUCAAUCAUAUCAAUCCUCAGACUUCUGAGCCUCAAUGUCAAGACUUCACCCUUUUCAACUGGGAUAUCUGCUUUGUUUCCAGCUCCUCAACACAAUUGUUCUUCUUCACCUUUGUCCACCACCUGUAACAAAAUUGCAUCACAUACUCCCAACCCCACGACCACCCUGACUGAGAAAGAAUUCAGAGUUCUUUCAGAUCUCGUUGCUCUUAAAUCCCCAUGCAACCUUCUUAUAUUUGGAUUUCAACCCCAGUACCUCACCCUCUCAAACAUGAAUGCUGCUGGUAGCACCAUCUUUCUUGAUGAUGACCCUGAUAAAAUAAGCAAGGUAAGAUUAAACUCCAACAACACUCAAAUAUACAGAUUUGAGUAUAACAUGCCAACAAAAGCAGGUUACAAACUGCUCAAGCACGCAAGGCAGAACCCGGCUGCAUGUGUACCAAAUCCUAGACUCCUUCAAAAAUCAAAAUGCAAGCUUGCAUUGAAAAACUUACCAUUAGAGGUGUAUGAAAAGAACUGGGAUGUCAUAGUGGUAGAUGGACCCAAUGGGGAUUCACCAGAAUCACCAGGCAGAAUGGGGUCCAUUUACACUACUAGUGUACUCGCAAGAGCAGGGAAUACUUCAGAUGUAAUAGUACAUGAUGUAGAUCGUAUCAUAGAGAAAUGGUUUUCAUGGGAGUUCUUGUGUGAUGAGAAUUUGUUGUAUUCUAAAGGGAAGUUAUGGCAUUUCAGAAUCAGAGGUCUCUCAAAUUCCACAAGAUUCUGCCCUGUUGAGGCAGGGAUAUAG